CACUCGCCUCUCUCUCUCUCUUCCUUCUUUCUCCUCUGUUUUCUUCUUCCGAUUAUGGCUGAAGAAACUGAUCAGAAAAAGGCACCAGAAGCUCCUCCGGCGACGGCAACUACGGUUUCCGAUGAGUCACCCGUAACGGAGAAGAUUACCAUCCAGACUAACCCAUCUCCUGUUCCCGAACCCGAGCCAGAAUUAGCUGAGAAAUCGGUUGUAGCUCCGGUCGAAGAAGUUGCAGAGCCUGAAAAGGCAGCUAAACCGGAGGAAAAGAUUGCUGAAUCCGCUUCCUUCAAAGAAGAAACUAAUGUCGUCGGAGAACUCCCCGAUCCUCAAAAGAAAGCCCUUGACGACCUAAAACUUCUCGUUCAAGAAGCCCUUAAUAACCACCAAUUCACUGAAGAGGAGCCAAAACCCGUUGCUGUAGAGGAGGAGACGAAACCCGUCGCCGGAGAGGAGGAGCCGAAGGCUGUUGAUAAAACAGAGGAGAAGACUCCUCCUUCGGUGGUGGUUACCGAGACAGAAGCCUCGGAGAAAGUUACUGUCGCUGUCGUUGAGCAUGACGGAGUUAAAACUGUGGAAGCUAUUGAGGAAACAGUGGUGUCAGUUACCGCGGCGGCGGUGACGGCGGAGGAAGAGAAACCAACGGUAGCGGCGGAGGAAACUAAGAAAGAGGAAACAGAACAAACCCAUGUUGUUCUUCCACCACCAUCGCCGGAAGAAGUAACAAUCUGGGGAAUUCCAUUACUCGCCGACGAAAGAAGUGACGUAAUCCUUCUGAAAUUCCUCCGUGCACGAGAUUUCAAAGUGAAAGAAGCUUUCGCCAUGUUAAAGAACACAAUCAAAUGGAGGAAAGAAUUCGGAAUAGAAUCUCUCCUAGAAGAAACAGAACUCGGAACUGGGUUAGAGAAAACCGUCUUCCUUCACGGAUUCGACAAAGAAGGACACCCUGUUUACUACAAUUCCUAUGGAGAAUUUCAGAACAGUGAACUUUAUCAGAACACGUUUUCCGAUGAAGAAAAACGACAAAAGUACCUUCGUUGGCGGAUCCAGCUUUUGGAGAAGAGCAUCUCUAAGCUUGACUUCUCUCCUGAUGGAAUCAAUACAUUUGUGUUCGUCAACGAUCUGAAAAACUCCCCUGGUCUACUCAAAAGAGAUCUCCGAUUAGCCACAAACAAAGCCUUGUUCUUACUUCAAGACAAUUACCCAGAAUUUGUUUCCAAACAGGUUGUCAUCAAUGUUCCAUGGUGGUACUUGGUUUGGUAUAGAUUGAGCAACACUUUCUUCAGUCAAAGAUCCAAGAGCAAGUUUGUCUUUGCAGGAUCAUCAAAAACAGCUGAAACCCUCUUCAAAUACAUAGCACCAGAGCAAGUUCCUGCCAAGUAUGGAGGACUAAGUAAGGAAGGAGAUGAAAAAGAAGAAGAAUUCACCACUGCAAACGAAGCUAAAGAAGAAAUCAUCAAACCUGGAACUAAACAUACAAUUGAGAUUCCUGUUUCUGAUUUGGGCACUUUUGUAUGGGAAACUAGAGUUGUUGGAUGGGAUUUGAGCUAUGGAGUUGAAUUUGUUCCCCAAGCUGAGGAUGGGUAUACUGUAAUUGUUCAGAAGUUGAGAAAGGUUGGAGUGGCUGAGGAGAAUGUUGUUAAUGGAAGUUUUAAGGUUAAGGAAGUGGGUAAGAUUGUAUUGACUUUUGAUAACCAGAGCUCAAAGAAGAAGAAGAAGGUUGUUUAUAGGUACAAGACAAAGAGUGAUUGAUUGAUUAUUGAGAAGAAGAAGAAGAAGAAGAAAGGUUACAACUUUGGUUUGUAUUGAAAGUUUUUUAUUUUUAUUAUUCUUUGAGUUUUGAUUCAUACUUUCAAUGUUUUGUUUUUGGGGAUUUGUUUGUUUGUUUGUUUGAUAUGAUUUAGGUCAACAAUUUGAUAUUUUUCAAUUAUUGUUUAUAUUAUUAUUAUUAUUAUUUAAUCUUUUGUGGAAGUUAAUGUUGUUAGAAACUUAAUAUUGUUUGUUUAAUAUAUUUACAUUUUUUUCUAUUCUA